AUGAGUGAGUCUUACACUUACAAUACCCAUAUAUUGGGUAUCAUGCUUGUUGCCACCACAAAACAAGGCUCCCAGGUGGUAUUUCACUACCCUCCGACGGAAUCGUCUUCCACUGAUGGCACGGAAACCAUUACUGGGGUGAGUCUGGAUAUCAACGAUGAUGAAAGAAUUGCCCUAAAUGAUGAAGGUAAAGAAUCUAUCAGUAAUAACAUACAUGCAAGCUCAUAUACUACAAAUACAAAACUUGCUGCUCCAAAUUCAACAAAUGUUCACAGUUCUUACUAUACGCAAUACUCAGACGAUGAAUUUGAUGAGGAUUUCUUCCUGUCAGAUGAUGACAAUGAUGAGGAUAAAAGUGCCAAUAAUCUGCGAAUUGAACAGACCUCAGUAACGGAUAGUUACAAUGAUGAUGAAGAAGAAGAUGAUGAUGAUGAGGAGGAGGAAGAGGAAGAGGAAGAAGAUGAAGAUGAAGAUGAAGAGGACGAAGCAGGGAUCGAAGAAGGGUUUGAUGUCGAAAGUGAAUAUGACAGCAACAAUCCACUUAUGGGAUUCGAAGAGUUCAAUAAUAGUUACUUCAUCAAUAACAUUCUUGAUGAUGAGUUCAGUUUGGACAAAUUGAAGUACAAGGUGAGUUAUGAAUGUAGUACCAAAUUGUACGAAGCAAAGCAACAACAAAGAAAGUAUCAUAACAAACAUUCUCAUUAUAGAUAUCAUAGAACAAGACCUGCGCCUCCAAAACAAAAAACUAAAGUAACUGAUGCCACUGGAAGCAUAUUGAAAUCAAAAUCUAGAAAAGCAUCUAAUGCCGACACAAAUGAUAGCCAAUCCAUCAAAUCAGGGGAAAAUAUUGCGAGUGGUAAAGCUGAAAAAGCCGAACUCUCUAAAAAAAUUAAGAAUUUGAAGCAAGAACUCAGCAAAAUAUUUUCAUUUGAUAAGACGUAUCUCUGUGAGAUGUUAACCCCUGCUAAAAGACUUUGUAAUGACCAAUACGAAUUGAAAAUUGAUAACUAUUGUUUUCUUAGUCAUCCGGUUAAUGAAAACGGUGCUUCUGGAUGGUCAAGAUUUUACAAGAACAAGAAAAAGUCUUCCAAAAAUAGAAAAAGACUCGAUCUACAGAAAUUAGAAAAAAGAUUGCAACGUCAACAGCGACAAAGAGGUAAAAAUUCAGAACUGUUUGAGAAAGAUCACUAUUCGUCAGAACUCUUGAGUGAAACUUACCAUAAUCAAGGCAAUGGAACUAUCUUUGAAAAUUCUGAUGAUUCACCAAGUUCUAAAAGCCAUAAGUUUCCAGCUUAUGAGAACGAAGGUGACGAAGAUGACAUCGAUUCUAACAACGAACAAAAAUUGUCCAUGUUCAACAUUGUAUUUGUGAUUAACCCUCCAGCAAAUGAAUAUCACCGCAGAAGGGUUGAGUUGUAUGAGAAUAUUCUUAGUAAAUUGACUCAUAUUUUAACAACUCAACAAGGGAAACAAAACUAUAUGGAGAGCGAAAUUGCUAAAAUUAUUAAAACCAGAGAUGAGUUUUUUAAAAAAGUAUAUUUUAAUGGGCAAGGACUUAAGGUUCGAGGUGAUAAGAAACCGUCUAGUAAACUGAAAAGAGGCCCUUCUGAUGGAGAAUCUAAGGACUCCAAUAGCUCUUCUGACGACUCUGAUGAUGAUGAAAAUUUUGUGGAUGAAGAAUACUUGAAUAAUCAUUAUACCGUUCAGGCUUUAUACAGAGAAAUUUUAUCACAGUCUGCAUUAGCCAGAGCCCUAUUUGACUGCUAUCAUAAUCUUUUCUCUGCCAAGAUUUUUGAAUUGCAUUUUGGUAAUCUCCAUCCACCAUUCAAUAUCCCUGUGAAGAAGAAUUUCUCAGUGUUACCACAUUCCUCAGUCAAGCUACAAAAUAUGGACAUUGACUCGAUUUUAAAUAAUUCAUCCCAUGUUGACAACUUUCUUGAUGAAAUGGGAUCGCCCGAUCAUCAAAAAAAGACUGACUAUCGUCAAGUGAAAUUAAAACCACAGCCGUUAUUCAUUAGUACUUUGCUAGAUGAAUCAUUUCAUCAAAAUAAUUUGUUUCCAAAUGUGUCUAACUUGUCGUAUAUCAGAAACUACUAUUACUUGAAUAGUUUUCAAUCUGACUCUUGGGAAGAUUUGAAUUUGAUAAACUAUCAAAUUAUCACGAUUUUUAAAAGUUGCAAUUAUGAUAUUUUUUCAUUAUUGAUUCUUGAUGAUAUGAACGAUGUGAUUAAGGAUCUCCGACCAGCGGCUGCUAAAGCGUUUAAAACAUUUAUUAAGAAUAUCGAUGCCACGGUGCCAUUGAAAAAAAUUAUUAAAACCGUAAUUGAAGAAAGAGCAAGACAAUUGGCAAAAUAUGCAAAUAAUAAAGCUGAGUUGACUUCAAAACUCAGGAAGCUGGCCAUUGCCAGCUCUGCUGGUGGUGCAAUGAAAGGGUCUACUGGCACUAUGAUAGACCCGGUGAAGAAUAAGCUGGUGAGCAAAGUGAGCAUGUUUGAUUUUUUCACCAACGAAGAAGAUAAAGAAGUUAUCAUGAUCAGUAUCAUAUAUCAUUUGAUUUAUUGGGAAAAAGUCAAGUUUAUUCUACCUAUUACAAGAAGAACCAGGUUUGUGAUAUCUCCGUUAGCAAAUCUUGGUACCGAUAUCAGUGAAUUGAACAAUAAAUGGCAAAAAAAGAACCAAAAGCCAUUCAGUCCUAAAAAGUAUGGUCAAUUAGAUCCAUUAACUUUUGAAGCUUGGAUCAAAGGGAUCAAUAAAAAACUAUUUGAAGAAUUCACUCACGAGUUCCCCUCAUUACCCCCAUUAUCAGAAUUUUUAGCAAGUUUCAAUGUUCCAAGAACUUACAAAUAUUUCUCAGAAAAUAAGAAUAGAACGUAUACGUAUCUUGACGCUUGUUGUUGGUUAUUUAAAAAUGGGUUGAUUGUUCAAUAUUUCACUUUUGGUUGGUUGAUACUCACGUCUAAGAUUAAGAUGCAAGUUCAAGAAAUCGAGGCAAUGACUUCAAACAAAUUAGGAGGACGUUGGAAGCACAGAGAUAGUGUUAAUAGCGACUCCUCAUUGCCUAGAGUUCCAUCAAUUGCUAGAAUGCGUGGUGACGAGAAUUUUUCCAGGCCUGAGUUGGGGGCCCUGCAUUCAUCUAAUUUAAUCAAAAGGGUACUUAAUGAAUCAUCCACCAGAUCCCGAGCCAGCAGCAAUGAGGACAUUACUGGAAGUCAUGCAAGUGGCGGGAAUAGUUUUUUUGGUACCCCGUCAACAAUAUUGAAUAUGGAGGAAGAAGAUAGUAUUUUGCUUAAUCCUGAUCGUCCGUCAUUGAUGGAGAAAAGAUAUAUUUACCGAAUGUUGAUGGGGAAAUCUGAAGAAACUAAAGAUGUAUUCUAUAAGAUUUUAAAAUACUUGAAUGGGAAAGUACCAUUGGAAUUAGUGAUGUUAAAAGAGAAUAUUAAACGAAGUGACUUGAAGAAAGCGUUUAAAGAAUUGGAAGAGUAUAUUAUCACUGACCUGCAUUGGUGA